AGAAACCCUAAUUCCACCAUUGUUGAACCACACACACAUCGCCACUCUCUCCAAAAUCCGGCGCCGACAAUGAAGUACAACCCCAGGGUUUCAUCCUCCCGGCGCAAGAGCCGAAAGGCUCACUUCACGGCGCCGUCGAGCGUCCGCCGCGUGCUCAUGAGCGCGCCCCUCUCCGGCGACCUCCGCACGAAAUACAACGCCCGAUCCAUGCCGGUGCGCAAGGACGACGAGGUUCAGGUGGUCCGCGGCACGUACAAGGGCCGCGAGGGAAAGGUUGUCCAGGUGUACCGCAAGAAAUGGGUCAUCCAUAUCGAGCGGAUCACCCGGGAGAAGGUUAACGGAUCCACCGUCAACGUCGGCAUCCACCCCUCGAAAGUAGUCAUCACCAAGCUCCGACUCGACAAGGACCGCAAAUCGCUCCUCGACCGCAAGGCCAAGGGACGCGCCGCCGCUGACAAGGACAAGGGCACCAAGUUCACGGCUGAGGAUAUUAUGCAAACAAUCGAUUGAUAAGUCCGGCUAUUACGGUUGUUUUAUGGUUUUUUCAUUUGGUUGUUAUUAUUCCGUUUUAAUUCAUGAUUUUGUUAAGACUAUGAUGAGAGUUAGAACUAUUUCAUACUAUUUUACUCUUUUUAAUGCUACUUUGAUUUUGUUUUCU